UUGGGCGCGAAGUCAACUGCGGCGUAGUCAAAAAGGCGCGCACGGUAAAUAUAUAGUGAAGUGAGUAACGAAAAUUAGAAAAGCUUUCCGAAGGCGAUUUCGAAUCGCGGCUAUCCCUUUCGUCGUACUCGUACGUGACGUUGGUGUUCGGAGCUAGCCUAGCCGAUGAGCGCGCGUUGUACCGAGACCGGUGCGAACGGACGUCUCGCCUUUCGAAGCAAAACACACCGACUGCGAUUGUGUAGGUUAUACCUGUUGCGAUAAAUUCUGCGAAUUAUAGUCGGACGUCCCGGAUCGAAGUCUCGCCGCUUCACCGAACAUGGAUUCAUCCUCGCGCGGCUCGUCCGUGGAAUUGCAAAUUGUGGAGGACGACGAUCUGUUCGACGAAGUGCUGUGCAUGAACAAUCGAGAGAUCGUCGAGUCCGAGCAGAGCGGCACGAAGAAGGAAGGCGAGCCGGAAGGCGGUACCUGGUACGACGACAAGGAGGACGCGGACGUUGACGGGGCCGAGGAGAACGAUGAGAACUCGAGUGCGCGAUGUGACGAUACCCGGACGGGGUGCGAAGAGGGUACGGACGAUAUUAAGUACAUAGAGUACAGAGAUAACGUGAGGAACAGGCCGAAGGAUUCGCAUACUUGGCGCAAGAGAACGAGGCAGGACAAUAUGGAUCAUCACGAUAUGGACGCCAAGGUUUCUCGCAGCAGACGUUACUCCAGCGACUCCAGCUCGACCACAAAUUCGUCGGAGAACGGCAAAAGGCUUAUAGAGUACGAGACGGAUCCAGCUGUGCUGGCACGUAGACAAAAAGAGAUCGAUUACGGGAAGAAUACUAUCGGCUACGACAGAUAUAUUCAGCUGGUCCCAAAAGAGAAGCGUACGAAAGAACAUCCAAGAACGCCACCAAAAUGUAUAAAAUACAGCAGAAGGGGUUGGGACGGUAUGGUAAGGCUAUGGCGAAAACAACUUCACGCUUGGGAUCCUCCUCAGGAGAACGACAAGGCUGAUGAAUUAGGCUAAAAAAUCAUAUUGUCAUUCCAUUCAAAAUACUGCCAAUAUCAUUUUCUUUAAUUUA